UGAUAGAAUGAUAGGCUCCUUUCGCCAUUCCCUCUUUCUACCUCUCUUCCCAUGGGCAUGGGCCAAAAUAAAGCCUAUAUAUAUCCCUUAGUUCCUUCACUUCUUUGCUCACACUUCCUUUCAUCUUCCUAUCUACCAUUACUCUACUCCUCCUCAUACAAAUAAUACUACCCCACCUCAAAAACCUACAUGGAUUUCAUCACCUCCAUGUUUUACUUAUUUUCUUCCAUUUUCUUCAUCUUUCUCCUUCAUUCCCUCAUCAAGUUCUUCACUUCAAGUCGCCCGAAAUUGCCACUUCCACCCGGUACCUUAGGAUGGCCUUACAUAGGGGAAACCUUUCAACUCUACUCUCAAAACCCAAAUGUAUUCUUUGCCUCAAAAGUAAAAAGGUAUGGCUCUAUCUUCAAGUCCCACAUAUUGGGGUGUCCUUGUGUGAUGAUUUCAAGCCCGGAAGCCGUGAAAUUUGUGUUGGUGACCAGAGCUCAUCUGUUUAAGCCAACAUUCCCAGCAAGUAAAGAGAGGAUGUUGGGGAAAGAAGCUAUCUUCUUUAACCAAGGAGCCUACCAUGCCAAACUUAGAAAGCUUGUUCUCCGCGCCUUCACGCCCGAAGGAAUUAAAAACAAAGUCUCCAACAUCGAAUCCAUUGCCAACGAUUCUCUCCAAUCCUUGGAAGGGCGGUUGGUGAACACCUACCAGGAAAUGAAGACAUACACAUUCAACAUUGCACUGCUUUCCAUAUUUGGAGAGGAUGGAGUUUUGUACCGAGAGGAUCUGAAGCGGUGCUACUACAUUCUUGAGAAGGGUUACAAUUCAAUGCCCAUUAACCUUCCUGGAACACUCUUCAACAAAUCCAUGAAAGCAAGAAAGGAGCUAGCUGAAAUCGUAGCCAAAAUCCUCUUAAGCAGGAGGCAAAUGAAGAAGGACCACAACGACUUGCUGGGAUCUUUCAUGGGUGACAAAGAAGGCCUAACUGACCAACAGAUUGCCGAUAACAUCAUAGGUGUCAUCUUCGCGGCUCGUGACACCACCGCCAGUGUCCUCACCUGGAUCUUCAAGUACCUCAGCGAGAACCCCAGUGUUCUUCAGGCAGUCACUGAAGAGCAAGAGGCCAUUGUGAGGAGUAAAGAGGAAUGUGGUGAGGAGAAAGUUCUCACUUGGGCAGACACCAAGAAGAUGCCAAUAACUUCAAAGGUGAUUCAGGAGACACUUAGAGUUGCCAGUAUUUUAUCUUUUACUUUCAGAGAAGCUGUGGAAGACGUUGAAUAUGAAGGGUAUCUUAUACCAAAGGGGUGGAAAGUUUUGCCACUUUUCAGAAAUAUUCACCACAGCCCAGAGAAUUUCCCAGACCCUGAGAAGUUUGACCCCUCAAGAUUUGAGGUUGCUCCAAAAGCCAAUACUUUUAUUCCAUUUGGCAAUGGGACCCACUCCUGUCCUGGGAAUGAAUUAGCUAAACUUGAAAUAUCGGUCCUUCUCCAUCAUCUGACCACAAAGUACAGGUGGUCUGUGGUGGGUGCACAGAAUGGGAUACAGUAUGGUCCUUUUGCUCUUCCCCAGAAUGGAUUGCCCAUCAGAUUAUUUCUGAAGAAAGAGGCUACACCAACACCAAAAAAGCUAGUCCCAACAGUUUAAGAAGAGGCACUUUCUAAAUAUAGAAAUAAUUGCAUCACCAAUUGGUUUCUACUUUCUCAAGAUAAUUAUUUAUGAUGAUGAAGAAUAAGACCAAAAAGAAAUUAAGUGGAGAGAGAGACACUGUCUUCAUUUUUGGGCCAAGACACCCAGAGGAAGAAAGUUUAAGAUUAUACCAAGAAAAAAAGGUCAAGAACCAAGUGUACAGAAGAGUAGUCUACAUACCAAAAACAUUAUAAAAAAAAAGAUGUGCAAGAAAAUUUUGCUCAUUUUUCUUCUUUCUUCAAGAGACGAGGAGAAAGCUCCUCGGGUAUGGGAUUAAUGUAUUUAAGUAGGUUUAUACAGAUUUAGUAGUGUUCUUGUUAUUGUUAACAAAUAUAAUCUCUGCCGCAAGGUGAAAUGAGAAUUCAAUGAUCAACAUUUUGAUUCCAAUA